CGGAGAGGGGGAGGAGGGCGGGAGGAGCAGGCGGAACGGGAGAACGAGGCAGACAAAGAAAGAGCAGGAGAGGGAGACCGCGGACCGGGGAGGGAAGGAGAGAGACUGAAGACAGAAGAGGAAAAGAAAGCAGAGAGUGACUUUUUUCAGGGGUGAGGAUGGCAAUGGCAGGCCAGUCUUCGAGGCGAUCGUCCCAGCGUCUGAGCAGGGAUCUGACCUGCUCCAUCUGCCUGGACCUGUUCAAGCAGCCGGUGUCUCUGCCCUGCGACCACACCUUCUGCCAGGGCUGCAUCACAGGCUUCUGGGCCGGCCCGCGCUCGCAGGGCGGGGCACCCACCUGCCCCCAGUGCCGCACUGCCUUCCCCGGCCAGAGCUACCGGCCCAACCGCAUCGUGGCCAACAUCGUGGAGAGCUACUGCCAGGGCCUGGAGGAGAGCGGGGAGCCCUGCAGAGGCCCCGUGGAGCUGGCCCCCCUCUGUGGCCGGCACCACGAGGAGCUGAAGCUCUACUGCGAGGAGGACCAGGAGCUGGUCUGCCUGGUGUGCGCGGUCUCCCAGGAGCACCGAGCUCACACGCUGGCCAGCAUCCAGGAGGCCCAGAGCCGAUACCGGGCGUCCCUGGGCAGCUCCAUGACGGCGCUGCAGGCGGAGCUCAACACGGCGCUGCAGUGUGAGAGGGAGGCAGAGGAGGAGGUGAAGAAGCUGAAGGACCACACGGCUGACCUGAAGCACCGCAUCGAGACGCAGUUCAGCGACCUGCACCAGUUCCUGUACCAGGAGGAGAAGAUGCUGCAGGUGAAGCUGAAGACGGAGGAGCGGAGGGAGUUGAUCAGGCUGGAUGAGUACAAGGCCGUGCUGUGUGUGGAGAUCUCCCGGCUCCGCAGGGCCAUGGCCGAGAUCGAGGACAAGCUGAAGGAGCAGAACGCCUUCUUGCUGCUCAAGAACAUCAAGGCGCUUCUGCAAAGGCAGCCGCUGAAGUUCGAGCGUCCAGCCCACACUGUCCCCAGCCUAUGUGAGGGGCAGUUUGCUGGACCCCUGCAGUACAAAGUGUGGAAGUCCCUGAAAGGCAUCCUGUACCCAGCUCCGGCUGCCAUCACCUUCAACGCCAGCACGGCCAACCCCUGGCUCAGCCUCACCUCCUCCCUCACCUGCGUCAGGUACCAGACGUUCAACAACGCGGUGCAGGACAACCCGCAGAGGUUCAACGCAGCGUUGUCCCUGUUGGGGAGCCAGGGCUUCACCCACGGCCAGCACUACUGGGAGAUCGAGGUGUACAGCAGCACCGUGUGGACGCUGGGCGUGGCCCGCGAGUCCGUGGCCCGAAAGGGGGUGAUCAAGGCCCUGCCGGCAAACGGGUUCUGGACGCUGUCCCUCUCCUACGGGGUGCAGUACAUGGCUGGCACUGCCCCGCCCACCGUGCUGUCCGUGGAGGACCGCCUCGCCCGGAUCGGGGUGUACCUGGACUACAAGAGGGGCCUGGUGUCCUUCUACAACGCCGAAAACAUGGUGCACCUCUACACCUUCCAUGAGACCUUCACAGAGACCCUCUACCCCUACUUCAACCUGGGCUUCCUUGACAAGGUGCAUGAGAACGAACCCCUCAAAGUGUUCCUGCCCAAGAUCUGACCUCGGGGUGGCGACCCAAGCUGCCCCGGGGGUGUCUGCACCCCUGCCCCCCUCACCUGCAUCUGGGCUGGACCUAGAUGCCCUCACAGACCUAUAUGACUGGACAGCCCCUCACUAAUUCCUACACAGAGGAAAUGUUGAUCUCCACACACCACUGAUGAAGCUAAUACUGGGCCACAGGAAACUGCACAGCUAAAAACACAUAUGGACCUUCUGGUAUACCUGAUGGUAUAAUAUUUAAAUAGGUGCACACAGCUAUAAUUUCUGUAUAACCAAUGUGCAAUCACAUAUAACCUUAACCUGUGGAAAUAUACAGAUAUAGCAGUUAAACAUGUCGUUAUGAGGACAUAUGUUGUAUAUCUACUAUUCAAAAUAUCUAAUUUUACAUUUACCAAUACACAACCAUUAAGCUAUUUCCAAAUAUAAUACACAUUUAUAAAUGUAAUCUUAUGUACUACUUGACAGAGGCUUGACCACACCCACAUUUACCAAAAGUAUCAAAA